AUGGGACUCUUUGGUUUGGGGCUGUUUCGAGGUUUCGCUGGGUUCACCCGCGUGGUGCAGCUGCUGAUAGGCGCCGCUGCAGAUGUCGACAAGCCGAUGGCCGAAGACGUCACGCCGCUCUUCGUCGCUUCACUGGACGGCGCCGACGGGAACAGGGCCAAGAUCGGCAGCCUGGUGCCGCUGCACGCCGCGGCCCUCCACGGCCACAUGGGCGUCGUGCGCCACCUGUGCGAGCAGGGCGUGGACCUGGACGCGCAGAACACGGCCGGCAUGACCUCCCUGCUCAUAGCAGCUUCACAAGGCCAUCUCGAGGUGGUGGACUUUCUCCAGCAGUCAGGCGCAGACGCCCAGAGGCCCACCGUAGACGGGUCGACGCCGCUGACGGCGGCGGCGGAGCUGGGGCACCUGGCGGUGGCCAAACUCCUGACAGGUCUCCCGGGCACGGACGUGGACCGGGCGCGCCAGGACGGCUCCACGGCGGUUCUCAUGGCCGCCAUGAAGGGCCACGAGCAGCUCCUGAGCCUCCUCUCCGAGGCGAGGGCCGACGUCGCGAGGGCCCGCUGCGACGGGGCCACCCCGCUGUUCGUCGCCGCCCACUUCGGCCACAGGGGCAUCGUGGAGACGCUGUGCCAGGCGCGAGUGCCGGUGGACAUCCCGAUGGACGGCGGUCUGACCGCCUUGGGCGUGGCGACGCGCAGGUCUGGAUCCAGUGGCCACCAGGGUCGCUGGACGCGUACAAACACUUGCCAAGAAGAGGUCUACCCGGCGACGGGGAAAAAGUAUUGGCAGCAGUUCGCCUGGUGCUCGUGCGGCAAGUGGAGCUACAAUUGGCGCAUCAUUCAGAAUGACUACACCUGCGUCAUCUGUAAAGAGCCUCCUGACAUCUACAAGGCAGGGGCGGACAAGAGUGCCGUGCAGCAGCGGACAGGCAAGAACACCAACAAUCCGCAGACGGCCAGGCAGCGUAUGCUACGGUCCGGCACGCAGUACGAGCAGCAGACCAGGAAGCUUUCUCGGUUGGCGGCCAAGCGUGCGGCAGCCCAGAAACACCUGGAAGAUUGCGAGCAGGAGCUUACCGACCAGUCAGUCCUGGUCCACUUGGCGGAGAAGGAGCGCGAUGCCGCCUAUGCAGAGUUCCGCGCGCUCAGAGGCACCGAGGCGAAAGUCAAUCCCAACCUCACCUCGGACGGCCUCGCAGUUUUGUUUGCCGUCGAUGAAUCGCCUACCGACGACAUUGAAGAGUACGAUGGGCCUGCCAAGCAGAGUUUCUUGGAAUGGAAAGCAGAGCUGGCCGACAAGGAAGCUGCCAAGCCAAGGUCAGAGAAAGUCCUGGAUGAAGAAGAGCAGCGGGCGGCGGCUGAGACGGUCAAGCAGGCAGCCCUCCUUGCGCAGGCGUCCGCGGCAGCAGGGUCUCCCUGCAGCUUCAAGGAGGCCAAGAAGAGGAUGUCCAAGAAGGGCGCUGGUAAGGUCUACGAGCAGGACCCAGCGCAGCUCAGGCAGGAGCGCAGCGGCGUGCAGGACAACGAAGACAACACCCAGGACCCAGGAGCGGAGCUGCCAGUGCUGCCCGUGCACCAGUAUGGCAGGUGGCGAUGUCAGGCCCGCGGGGAGUGCGCGACCAGCGUGGCGCUGGCGCAGGCGACUCGGAGGGCACUGCAAUUCUGCGAGUUUCUGUGGUGCUGGAGACGUGGGCUCAAGAGGGCCGAGAGUGUUGCCUCGGCAGUGGUGCGCUGGGGCGAGGCCAUAGAAGAUGUCAAGACAAUGCUGUAUGCUGUGACGGGGGUGCUCAAGAAGUGGAUGUUCAAGCAGUGCGUGGGCGCCAUGUCGAUUCUGGGGGAAUGCGAUGUUUUGGAGCACAUGGUGUACGUCAACUUCCACAAGCUCCAUGAUGUCAUGCCCGACGACUUGCUUGAUGACCAGCCCGCGGUCUUGCCAGAUGACCUGCCCGACGACAUGCUAGAUGAUGCAGUCGGGGCGCUGGGCAAGGCUGUCAGGUCUCUGUAUUCGGAUAUCGAGGUCGACCUUCUGUUCCGUGGAAUUAAAUUUCCUGGGUGGGCCAUCCGGAGAGGUAGCGUCGAGAUCGCGAGCGAGCUCUGCCAGCAGGGAGUGGACAUGGACGUCGAGAAUCAGGACGGCCUGACCCCGAUGCUCGCCGCGUCGAUCAAUGGCCACGCCGGGGUGGUGCAGGUUCUCAGCGAGUGCAGGGCGAAUCUCAACGGCCUCUUCCGAGGGGGCGUGUCGCCGCUGCACGCUGCGUCAUGCAAGGGGCACGUGGACGUCGUGCGGUUCCUGUGCCAGGUCCGCUGCCACGUCGAUGCGGCGCGGCAAGACGGGUCAACGCCGCUGCUGAUAGCCAUCAGGAGCGGCCACGAGGAGGUGGUGCAGAUUCUGUGCGACAACGGCGCGGACAGGGCCAUCGCCGAGGCCAUGCCUCCGGCCACCGCCGCGGAGGAGCUCGAGCGGCGGCACAGGAUCGCGCAG